CUUAAAAAGUUAAAAUAUUUUUCAUUAAAAAGAAUGAGGAGAAUUCGCGUGGUGGAUGUUUCAAACCGUCACUGUUUCUUCUUCUUCCUUCUCAAAAUUCUCUGUUUAUUGCAUCUUCACGAACUAAGUGCCUAGAUUCAACCCACCAAAAUGGCGUCGUUUUUGUCUCUCCCCGCAGUUUCCUCUCGUCUCAUUCCCACCGCUUUCUCUCUCAAACGACCUUUAAUCAACACUUCACCCAAUUUGCAUUUCAAAAAUCACCGGUUUGCAGUUAGCUGCAGUUAUUCAGGUGUUGGUGGUUUUGAAUCUUCAACAUCAACUAUAGAUGUUGUGGCUGAUGUUAAAAGUGAAAAGAUUGUAGUAUUGGGAGGCAAUGGGUUUGUUGGUUCUGCCAUAUGCAAGGCAGCGGUUUCCAAGGGCAUAGAAGUCAUAAGCGUAAACAGGUCGGGACGUCCUUCUUACUCGGAUUCGUGGAUAGAUCAGGUUACUUGGAUUUCAGGAGACGUUUUUUAUGUAAACUGGGACGAAGUACUUCCUGGAGCUACUGCGGUUGUCUCGACACUUGGAGGUUUUGGUAGUGACGAACAAAUGAGUAAGAUUAAUGGCGAGGCUAAUGUUGUGGCUGUGAAUACUGCAAAGGAAUAUGGAGUUCCCAAAUUCAUAUUGAUCUCAGUUCAUGAAUAUAACUUGCCAUCGUUUUUACUAUCAUCGGGGUACUUCACAGGAAAGAGGAAAGCAGAAUCUGAGGUUCUAUCGAAAUUCCCUAAUUCAGGUAUUGUGUUAAGACCAGGUUUCAUAUACGGGAAAAGAAAAGUGGACGGUUUCGAGAUUCCUUUGGAUUUAGUAGGGGAGCCAGCUGAAAGAAUUCUAAAAGCAAUAGAGAACUUCACAAAACCAUUAAGCUCACUCCCUGCUUCUGAUCUACUUUUGGCUCCACCGGUUAGUGUUGACGAUGUCGCGUUGGCAGUUAUCAACGGUGUCACAGAUGACGACUUCUUUGGUGUUUUUACAAUUGAGCAGAUCAAGGAAGCUGCUCAGAAAGUAAGGGUAUGAUCCAAAUACAUGUUUGGUGUCAUACUAGAUAAAAUUGCAAAUAUUACAAAUGGAGUGAAAAAUUAAGUUGUUUUUUCUUUGUUGAAUCUUUGGAUACAAGCUAUACUCUAACCAUAUUUUGACUUGCAUA